UUUCGUGCGUGUAAAAAAUGUUAACUUGUAAAUUUUAUAAGAAAAAACUCAUAAAAACCCAAUAAAAUUAAAGAAAAUUAUAUAAAAAUGUUAAGAAAAUUAUAAUUUAUAAAGAUAUUCUUUUAAAAGAAAAAUAACUAUUUUAAAUGUGAAACUGAAAAACACUUAAAAAAAAUAUGCUGAUAACGUCCUUUAACGGUCAAUCAUGUAUAUGGUUGGCCUUCCUAGCCAUUAACACUUGUAUGGCUUAUCAAAAUACUAAUUCAAAUAAUAAUAUACUACAACAGCAACAAUCUAAUGUUCCUUUAAUACAAACUACUCAAACACACUAUCCACAACCAGAAAAAGAUGAGAUCUCCUUUAAAGUGGUGCCGGCAGGAGAACCUAAAGUAGCAGCCCUUAAUAUACCAGCCGUUAAUAUUGUUAAACAACAACCACAGAAAGUGCCUUUACCUUAUAAUAACAACAGCAUAGAAUUGGUGCCAUCUAGCAUAAUAACACAGGCAUUGGCAACGGCUGGGGCAGCAGUCGGCGGGGUAAAUACACAAUUUUUACAAACGCCAGCUAAUGCUUUCUAUAGCAAUUACAAUAGCCAGCAAAAUGUUAGGCAAUUGCUGCGUAAUAUUGAUGAACGUUUAAGGAAUAUGAGAAAUGUGGAAAUGAGAGUGGCCAAAAUACAGGAAAUUUUUGAUUCCAUGCAUUUUUCUUCAUCGGCUAACUUGGCAUUUAAUAGAAGUCUUGCCUUAACUAAUGACAAACCUAUAAUGGAUUCUGUGGAUAAUAAAAUGCAACAAGAUUUGUUAUAUUUUAGCAAACGUUUGGCUUUAAAGUUGGAAAAAGCUUUACAUGUGGUGCAAGAGUUAAGAGAUUAUUUUCAAACAAAUAUCACACAAAUCAUGCAAUUUACCAAUGAAUAUGAAGAAGAUUUAGAGGAUGAUGAGGAUGAGGAAUUGCAAGAUAGUGAGGUGGAACCAGAAUUUGAUAUGGAAUUAAAUGAUAUAGAAAAACCUUUAAGUUCUCAUAUAAAACCUUUAUAUCUCAAUACAUUUAUACAAUCUUGUUAUGAAAGAGACUCUUCCACUUAUAAUACAGCCACCGAAAGUUAUAAUAAACAACAAAUACAAAUACUUAAUUAUGAUAAGACUGAUUUUUUGCAAACCAGACGCAACUAUAUUGAUACUACUUUGCUCAAUGAAAAUAAUGAAUUAACUUUGGAGGCCAAUGCUUAUAUAAAGGAAAAAAUCAAAUCCUUAAAACAAUCCUUGCUCAAAAAUGAUUUAAAAACUCCCUGGAAUAUGGAGAAAUAUCAAAAUAAUAAUCCCAAAUAUAUAGGCAAUCAUAUAAAACAUAUUUACUUCCUUUCACGCAGUGAUGAUGCUAGUGAUUCUUAUAUGAAAUUCUAUAAUGAUUUACAUUUUCGUUAUCUCUAUACCUCAGCCAUACAAAAUAAAUAUGUCUUCCUGCUACUGGAUGUGGGUUCUGCCAUGAGUGGUGAACUUUUGGAAUUGGCUAAAACAUACAUAUCAAAUAUUUUACAAUUACUAACACCCAAUGAUCUGUUAUCCUUGGUUUGUGUUUCUGAUGAAAUAGAAAAUAUGCUUUUAUUGGAGGCUUCUUCCUAUGAUGCUGCCAAUGGUUUGUAUGCUACCACCCGUGAACGUAAAGAGGAAAUUUUAAAUUAUAUUAAUAGCUUGACUUUAAGUCGUGCUUUAACUAAUCAUUCUUUGGGCUUUGAGUACUCGUUUCGCAUGAUUUCACGUCUACAAAAUGCCAGUUUGAUUAGCUCUCAGAAUCCCAUAGAAUUUGUUUAUAUAACUCGGGGUUUGUUAAUAAAUUUCUCGGAUUCUCGACAUGUUUUGAAUGUUAUGGCCAAGGGUCAAAGGUCAUUGCAAAAGCCUAUUGUAAUAAAUGCUUGUGGAGUGGUAUUGGAUGAAAAACGCAUUAUGUAUGAAAAACAAUUUCUUACGGAAAUUUCUUCACAAAAUUAUACCAAAUAUGAUAUAGAUACCAAGGAUUGGUAUAAACCGGAACAUACAUUAUCGGGCAAACUGUUUAUGCUGACAAAAACUCAACAGGAUGUAAUAAUCCAGGCGGCCACUGCCAUAUUUGCUAAGGAUUUUCAAGAGCCUCAUAUACAGAAGACUUGGCAGGUGCACACACCCAUAGUGGAGGCCAAUAGUAGAGAUUCUAUUGUCUCCCUUACUCACGCCGUAUUACCUUUCGGUGUCGUAGGUGUUGACUUAUAUUUAUCCGAUCUGAUAGAAGAUAUCAUUAGCUAUCAACAGCAGCAACAACAAUUCUCUAUGAAUAGUAAAAAUGAGUAUUCCUAUGCUUUCCUAAUCGAAGCUGACGGUAAUACUUUAGCCCACCCGGCCUUUCCUAGGCCUUUUACACAAAAUCAAACCCCUUUUCCGGUAGAUAUACAAUAUCUAGAAAAUUCCACCGAUUUUUCUGAAAUCAGACAAAAAAUAUUAACACAAGAAAAUGGCAAUCUAUCUACGACAAUAUAUUUAACUAAAAAUCGUAAACAGGAAAAAUACUUGAGGACAUAUCAAUGGCAUAAUAUAUUGAGUAUUUAUAUAUUGUGUUUGGUCAAUACUAGGAAAUAUGAGGAACCCGCUACAACUAAAGAAAUAAAACCUGUGUUAUCGCCACUACCAGCCGCAUUGCCUUUGACUUUAAAACAUUUUUCUUCGAAAAACAAUAUUCCUAUGUAUCAUCAUGCAGAGGACUAUGAGGAAUAUUACACUAGUUUAGAUUUACUAUAUCAUCGUUUGGAUUUAUUACCACCCAGAGACACCACCAAUCUAUGUCGCUAUUUUAGGCAAAUAGCCACCCUGGAUUCAGCCACAUUAUUUUUAAGCUCUUUGGCUUUUGAAUCGCCUUUUACUUUUCUGCACAACAAUCGUAUGAGUUCCUCACAAUCCCAACUGCAUACCGUGGAAAGUAUAAUGGCUUAUUUAAAGGAUACCACUGGUUUGCUGGCCAAUCCUGGCCUUAGGCCUCAAAUCCGUCAAGAAGUAAAUGCUCUCUAUAAUGCCAUGCAACAUUUAAAGAAAAGACAUCAGGAUGCUAGAGGCUCUUUAAGAAACUAUAUAAUACGCCGUUACAUAGCCUCUGUCAAUGGUGUGCUGCAGGUUUUUCCCGGCUGUCUACUCAACAACAACUAUGAUCCUUCCCAAAGACCCUGGUAUCGCAAGGCUAUACAACAUCCUGGCAAAAUAAUAACCACAGAACCUUAUUUAGAUGCUGCUGGUUCCGGUUAUAUAAUAACCAUUGCUCAUACCAUAUUUGAGGGUAAAUCCAACGCUUUACAUUCCAUAGAACGUGAUCAGCCUGUGGCUAUAGUGGCUUUAGAUUUACCCUAUGCCUAUUUCUAUAAAAUCAUUCUAGACUCCACACCUCUCUGUCAAAUGCAUAAUAUAAAAUGUUUGCUAUUUGAAAAUGAGGGUUAUCUUAUAGCCCAUCCCUCUAUGCUGGAGCCAAAAUCUGCCAUAAAAAAUCAAAGAAGGCCUCAUGAACAUUUGACGCAUAAAGAAUCCUAUUUGGCUAAUGAUAUAUUAAAUCAUAAAAAUCUAGUGCGUAAACUAGCCUGUGCCAACUAUCAAAAUCGUACUCUACAACGUUAUUAUAUCUUUAACACUUCCCUUAAUGAGAUCUUAACCAAUGUGGUGCAUGGUGAAAGAACUAAAUAUGCCAUAGCUUUACUUAAAGGCAGCAAUAUCUUUGCCGCAGUGCUCAAUUCCACUUGUGAUGGUGGUGCUUUCUGUCCCUGCAGUACUAUAGAUCGUCAAUGUUUGAAUUGUAAGCGUAUGGAUCAAUCAGAUUGUGAGUGUCCCUGUGAAUGUCCCAUGCCUUUAAUGCAAUCUCUAGAGGAGGAGGAAGAUAAUGCUAACAAAGAACAUUUAUCAUAUUUAAAUAUUACUUAUCAAUAUGAUUAUUGUGAGCCUCCCUAUGAGCCCUAUGUGGCUGAGCCACAAAUUUUAUUACAACAGGAAAAUGUUUUACUUGGCUCCUGUGUGAAUAUAAAUUGUGAUGUUUUUGGUACUCAGAGGGACUGUUUGGCGGUAAUGGGUUGUGAAUGGUGUCAACAGGAUGUGGAUGGUAAUGGUUUUGCUGCGGCUUUCUGUAGUGCCCAGUCGGCAUGUUUUAAUGGUGUCUUAGCUGGGCUUUCACCUUAUGGCGACUUAGAUGAUGCCGAUCUCUUAGCCGCCCAUGGCUAUAAUCCCUCCCAAAAGCCCAGCACAUAUUCUGCGUUUGGUCCGGUUGGUGGUGCCAUUAUAGUCUUAGCCAUAGUUAUAGGUUUUGCCAUCUAUUGUUAUCGGCAAAAUGUUGACACCUCCUCGCAAGAGCAAUUCUAUAUGGACUCUAUGCAAGAGGAAAACUAUGGUCUUCCUUUAUCACGUUUUAAUUUCGAUGAUUGUCAAGCACAUGAUGAUCCUCCCGGGGGACCUAAUGCGGGUGGAUAUGAUCAUGCUGCUGCCCAAAGAAAUCUUAUGAAUGCAGCCGAUAUAUCACCCUACCACAUGAGUACAGGCAGCAGUUAUAGACGUCCUCCCAAUGGAGAAUCAGAUCAUGGUUAUUCUACCAUGACACCACAUGAAGAUUCUUCAGAUCAUCAGUGUUUUACACUAGCAGAGCCACUCUUGCUUAACGAUAAAAGACACAGUAAAUCGGAUACUAUGUCCAUAUCAACUUCCAUAUCAUCACCUACCAAUAGGCAACAACAACAAUCACAUUAUAAUAGUUUUCCCUCAAAGGAUUCACGUUAUAAUUUAACUUCACCCAAAAAAUAUCAAUCACCCAGUAGGGUUUAUGAACAAACAACAAUUCCUUUGCAUCAUCAUCAUCAUCACAACGAUGAUGCUACAAAUGUUGCAGGAGCCACACAUCUAAUACUAGCACCUGUUACAGUACAUAGACACAUGGAAACUUCCGAAUCAUAGCCAUAAUUUGUAAUAAUUUAAAGGAGAUUAAUAAGAAUUUUUUUAUAUACAAACAUAUAUACGAGUUGAAUAACAAAUUUAAAAAUAUAAUUCCACCACUUCAUUUGAUUGCCAAUAUUAGUUUAUAAGUUUUAUUAGUUAAGUUUAAAUAAGUAAUCUGUUUUCCAUUUUAAGUGUAUUUUUUUAAUAGUUUAACUAUUGAGAUAAUAAAAAAUAACGUUUAUGGAAAGGAUGUAUCGUUGAAUAGAGAAAAAGAAAAGAACAUUGCAUUUAAAUGCAGUUUUAUAAUUAAGUUCAAUUUGAUUUAUAUUAUGUGUGAGUAUUAUUGUAUUUUUUUUAGAUAUAUUUUGCAGCAAAAUAGAUUUAUUUUAUAAAUUACGUUGAAAAAUCAAACAAAAAAACGCAAGAAAAUGUUUAAGUACUUAUUUCCAAGUAUUAAUGCUUUAUAAAGGAAACAAAUCAAAAUAAAUAAAACAAGAAAACUAAAUUACACUUUUGUAUACUACUAUGAUUAUAAUAAUUAAU